AUGAGUAGUAUCUUCUGUGGCAACUCUUCAGCUAAGAUGAGCGUCAACGAAGUAUCGGCUUUCUCGCUGACUCUGGAGCAAAAGACUGGCUUUGCUUUUGUCGGGAUUUUGUGUAUCUUCUUGGGACUUCUUAUUAUCAGAUGCUUCAAAAUCCUAUUAGACCCAUAUAGUAGCAUGCCUUCUUCUACCUGGGAGGAUGAAGUUGAAGAGUUCGAUAAAGGGACAUUUGAAUACGCACUCGCGUGA